ACUAAUUUCCGACCAUGGUACGGAUCAUGAUGAGUACGCGAUCCUUAUACAUAAACACGCUUAGCUAUCUACAUGUGUCAUUCACGAAGCCGUUCCCGCAGUGUAUCCCGAGGUAGGCGAUCUCAUUCCAGAUCAGCAUCACGCUCUCGCAGCCGUUCUGUUUCAGGAACAAGAGAAACUUCACGCAAGGCUAGAGAGGCUUAUGGUCGAUCACGAGAAAAUGGACGUGAGAAUGGCGAAUCAGCUUAUAGGUAUAGCGAAAAAGAACCAUCACCAAAGCGACGAUACGAACAUGAUUCUCCAUCUCCUAAACGCAUUACUCAUUCAAAGCGCAGCCGCACCGAAUCCUCUAGCAGACAUGGCAGAGGAGGUGGUUCUUUCAUCUCACGUUCGCGUUCUAAUUCCCAUAGAGAUUAGCAAUUAUUGAGCAAAAAUCAAGUAGCAGCAUAUAUAAAGUGAACAUAUACAUAAUACAUUUAAUUUCUCUCAUGAUUUCCAAAAUUAAUUCAUUUACCUAAUUACACCUUAUAAAUAGCUGCUAAAAUGUUUAGAAAUUUAGGGAUUAGAUGUUAAUUUACAAGACACUCUUAAAAUACUAAAUCAAGUCUACGAAAUGACACUGUCUGAAAGUCUCAACA